AAGACGACGACUACGACGAGCCUCCACGGUGCAAGGCGGGACAAGAUAUUGUGCUGCAGUCGCCUGUCGACUGGGUGCUUUUGGAUGGCCGAGAAAGCUCAGAUGACCAUGGAAUUGUGCAGUACGAGUGGACGCUGCUGCAAGGUGACUCAUCGGUUGAAAUGAAGGUGCCACAAGGAGGAACACUGAAGCUAUCUCACCUGCAGGAAGGCAGGUAUAUUUUCCAGCUAACUGUGACAGACACUGCAGGUCAGCGGAGCUCUGACAACGUCUCUGUGGCCGUUCUGCCCAUGGUUCAUUCUGCAGUAGCCUGUGUCGGGGUUUGCUCUCGCUACCAGUUUAUCUGCGAUGAUGGCUGCUGCAUUGACAUCACGUUUGCGUGCGACGGCGUGAGACAGUGCCCCGAUGGAUCGGACGAAACUUUCUGCCAGAGCUUCGGCCCAGGCCGGAAGGCGGUGACUCACGCGGCUCUUGGCACUACCCAGCAAAGGACUGCAGGACUGACAGAAAACACAGGUGAAGGCCUCUCUGCAGAAAACACCCUGAAAGCCACCGCCAGAAAUCAACCACUUCUUUCCGUGGAUGUAGACAUGUCUAACCAAUCGCUUUCUCAGGGACCAAAGAAACCCAUCAGUGGAUUUGUGCCAGAUAACAGUUCCUCAGGGAAAAGAACAGAUGAUAAAAACGGGAAUGGCAUAAUUGUGCCGAAGAGAGAUGAGCUUGGAGGUGGUCGUCCAGUCCCAGAAACAGGUGCUGUGUUACCCUUAGCCUUAGGCUUGGCCAUCACUGCUUUACUGCUGCUCAUGGUUGCUUGCAGACUGCGCUUAGUGAGACAGAAGCUUAAAAAAGCUCGACCCAUUACAUCUGAAGAGUCCGAUUACCUCAUCAAUGGGAUGUAUCUCUAAAAAUCGGAUUUAGGUCAGUUAUUUUCUCCCCUUUCUCCUGUGUCCAUGAACCUCUGCCUCUGUAAAAGGACCAAAACCUUUAGCUAAGUUUCAAGUGUAGAAGCAGCCUGUGAGAUGAGGAACAUGUUCUUUCCCUUGGGUGAUAAAAAAGCAGGUCGAUGCCCGU